UCUUUGUGUAUGUGAGCCAGAGACAAUCUCAUGGGAUUUCUAGGUAUGAGGGCUGAAGUUCAACUGUUACUGGCUACCUGAUGCUUGAAAAUGAUAAACCCUCGCUAAAUCAUUAUUCUUGUGGGAGAGCUCCAGCUUUUAGAAUGCAUGUAGUAGAAGGCAAUGAACAACUGACAUAGAAACGAGCAUCUGUUUUAGCAGAUCAGAACCAUUUUAGCAAGCCAUUCCCUGUCGCAAAACUAGCACACAAAAACUCAGUUUGGGAUUGUUCGUUUACAUAGGAUCCCAUAAUAAGUGAACCAUCAUUCAAAGUUGGAAUACAAACGAUGAAAUAGACCAAGAUUAGUCAGACUGGCGCAAUAAACGACUUUCAUUAAGUAGGUCAUUAAGCAUGGUGAAAGUGGAAGUGCCAUGUGCUCUCCCAAUAAGGUGGUCAGCUUAUCAAGGCGGAGAAAAUUUCUAUUGUUAAUAAUAUUGUGCGGGUUUCUCAUUUACCUUGUGCCCAUUCCCAAUCUCAGACACGACGAUGACGCGCUGGAUUCGUCUCUUCCUGAACCAACACUCAUGGACUUCAUUCGAAGGAUCAAUUGUUCGGAUCCAAAGUCAUACAAAGACCCUCUACUUCAACGUGAUAUGAAACAGUUUCUCUCGGAAGAUGCCAUUCUGGAACGAACCAAAAACUGCGACGAGUAUUUUAGGCUAAUGCCCACCAAUGCUUUUCAUAAUGUCUCCGUCGAAGAAUGGAAGUUACGUUUUGGUGUGGCCCAUUCACUUCAUACCCAAAUCGGAAUUUUCGAGAUGUAUCUCGCCCUACACUACCGACCUGUCGAUUCCCAUUGUAUCCACUUGGAUCUGAAGGCGAGUGACAAGGUCAAAUCGGCAGUACGAAGCUUAGUCCGAUGCUACAAGCUAAAGUUUCCCGGAAGUAUGUUUAUGAUCGCGAAGUUGGAAAUUCCAGUAUAUUGGGGGUGGGACUCUGUAUUGGAGGCGGAUCUAGUCUGUUUGAGGUUGCUCCUGGAACACGAUACACGGUGGCAGUAUUUCAUGAAUCCGGCUGGAACCGAGCUCCCACUGGUGUCAUACAGAGCCUUCAGACGAAAAUUGGUUGAAAAUAACCUAAACAACGUUAUUCAAUUCGAGAGUGACGCUCCUAAACACAGACAAGGUCAUCCUUACAAGAUGGUUCGCACUGGUACUGGGGAGUUCGAUUUCGAAUCCUAUAACAUUCGCCAGUGUGAAAAAGAGCCGUCGCCAAUUGAAGCCCAUGUGUAUAAGGCCUCCAAAAAUGUCAUUUUAAAUAGGACAUUCGCACAUUUCUUGAUUCACCAUCCCGUGGCGAUCGAAUACUACAAUUGGAUCAUAGAUACAUUUGUCCCGGAUGAGCAUUUUUACUCUGUUCUAGCCACCUUGGAGAUCAAACAACUUGAUUCAAAUCUUUAUGACGUCCAACAAGUUAUGACCGACCAUAAGAUGAAAGAUUUUGCCAAAGUUUGCUUUCGAAAGAGUCUUUGGAUUUAUGACGAGAAUGGGAUAGGCUGUGCGGGUGAGGUCGUACGAUGGAUCUGUCAUUUGGCCGUCGAAGACCUUCCGAAAGUCCAGAGCAGUGGUUGCAUGUACGCUAAUAAGUUUGACGUGGCCGUAGACAUCUCGGCUGUCAUGUGUCAAGUCAAGCAAGUCAUGUAUCUGACACAAGUGGAAGCCAGGCAGAGCGUGGACGAAUAUUCUGAGAUGGCAAAAAACGGGCCUUGAAUUGUAUAGCAAGGCACAAGACACAAUGCAUCAGGCACCCAUGGACUCGAUAACAAAUACCAUGGUGAAUUAAGAAACGUGAUCGCCAGAAUUGGGAUAGGAUUUGUGGUCUACGAUAUCAACGAAACUUUUCAUUGCAAUAUCUCUGGAUCUAAUUUCAAGAAUGUCAUCUACCGUCCAAAGAGAACUCACUAUUGUUU